UCAUCGGCUGCAGAUAUUUGGUAAGAGUAAAUGAUGAACUUUUCUCGUGAUCGUUAAACCCUAUUUAUUUCAUUUGUUUUUUUAAAAAAUGAGGGUUGCAAUAAUAGGGGCUGGAGCUAGUGGUCUUACCAGCAUAAAAUGCUGCAAAGACGAGGGUUUAGAGCCGGUUUGUUUCGAGCAGGAGGACUCCAUUGGAGGACUUUGGUAUUUUACCGAAGAGGAGAGACAUAGUUCCGUGUACAGGUCGACUGUAAUCAACACCAGCAAAGAAAUGAUGUGCUUUUCGGAUUUCCCGAUCCCUAAAGAAUAUCCUCCGUACAUGCACCACCAAUUGAUCAUGAAAUACCUCCAUCUGUACGCGAAAGAAUUCGAUUUGUACAAAUGCAUUCGGUUCCGCACCAAGGUGGUUGACCUUAAGAAAGCACCAGAUUUCGAAGAGAGCGGGAAAUGGGAAAUCCUAUUUCAAGAACUUGACGGCAAGAAUCCCGACGCGGUGAAUAAAGAAGUAUACGAUGCUGUGAUGCUUUGUGUAGGUCAUCACUCAGAGCCCUCGUGGCCUUCCUUUCCCGGUAUGGACGAAUUUUCAGGGCUCAAGAUCCACAGCCAUUCAUACAAGGACUUUAAACCAUUUGAAAACAAGAAAGUCCUAGUGGUUGGUAUAGGGAACUCUGGUGGUGAUAUUGCUGUGGAACUCAGUCGUCACACUCCACAAGUCUUUCUCAGUACUCGCAGAGGGGCUUGGGUCCUGUCCCGCAUGGGAAAGGGAGGUGAGCCUAUGGACCAGCAGUUCAUCAGGCGUGUCGGGUCUCUUGUACCCAUCUCACUUCGAAGAAGUCUUUUUAAAAAAAUAGUGAAUGAGAGAUUUGAUCACAAAGUAUUUGCACUGCAGCCUCAACAUCCAAUCACUGGUCAACACCCAAUGGUCAAUGAUGCUCUGCCACACCGCAUAAUAGUUGGAAGUGUUGUCAUCAAACCUAAUGUCAGGAGUUUUACCAAAUCUGGAGUUAUCUUUGAUGAUGAUACUCAAGUAAAUGACUUAGAUGCUGUGAUCUUCUGCACUGGGUACAAGAUAGGAUUCAGGUUCAUAGAUCAAUCAAUUCUUCCUGUGAAUGACAACAAAGUUGAGCUAUACAAAUAUGUGUUCCCCCCAAACCUUGCCAAACCAACACUUGCUGUUAUUGGCUGUGUACAGCCUCUUGGUGCCAUUUUUCCUCUGUCAGAGCUUCAGGGACGGUGGGUAACCCGAGUGUUUAAUGGGAAAACACCCCUUCCUCCUAAGGAUUUCAUGAUGAAAGAUGUUGAAAUGAAAAGAGAGGCCAUGCAAAGAAGAUAUUACGCUUCUAAACGCCACACAAUUCAGGUUGAUUACAUUUCCUAUGCAGAUGAAUUGGCAAAUCAGGUUGGUUGCAGACCAAACCUGAUAAAGCUCUUUUUCAGCAAUCCUACGCUAGCCCUGAGUUGCUUUUUUGGACCCUGUACACCAGUUCAGUAUCGUCUAAUGGGCCCUGGUGCAUGGGAAGGAGCCAAGAAAGCUAUUGAAGAUGCUCCUGGAAAUGUGAUUUACGCAACAAAGACACGCAUUUUACAAAAGAAGGAGCAGCAGGGAACUAACACGGCUGCUGUGUGUUUGAAGUUGUUAGCUUUGUUUGUUGUGCUCAUUUCCAUUAUCAUAAGAUUUUCGGCUGAAAACUUGAGUAGUUCAGAGGUGAAUUCACCAUGAAAUUCUGAUGAGUUCAGAGAAUAAUUCAUAAUCUAAAGAGGUAUGUGAUGUAUACUAACAAAGUAAGAGAGAUGGUAAGUUUUUCCAGGUAUGUUAUGGUUUGUUCAUCUACAAAUAUUUACCUAGUUGGUGGAAGUAGGUAGCAGAAGCAGUCCUGAAUCAUGCUCUUUUAUCUUUGUGAAUAGUUUGCUAGAUGCAAAUCAGCACACCUUGCACGAAGUGACACACACCCAACAGUUACAGGGGCCUAUUGAUAGUGGGCACUGGAGGGUAGAUGAUGCACAAAGCCAUAUUUCAAGUUUGUUAAUGGCUGGCCAUUUUUAAUUUUUCCCAGCCUUAGCUCUCUUUGUUCAACUUUUGUUUAUUGUAUCCCUUUGCAUUUGUCUAGUUGACACUAGCAAACCACUCUUCAAAUGCUACCUCAUCCCAAACAAAACAAUUUAAACUAAACAAACAAGCAAACAAAUGACCCCUGUAAUAUCAUGACACAGUUUGGUACUGGUGUAUGACAUAGAUUAGUCUCGCCUUCUUUAUUUCUAACCUUUGCAAUGUUCAGAUAGCCUUGUAGUUAAAACAUAUGAACCUCCAAAUGCCAUUAAAGGUUACCAACAGGUAUUGUAAUGUAGCUUUAGGUGUGUUGUUUGAUCAGUGCAUUGGUCUUAGUUUUUUUCUUCAUGUAGGGUAUACUAGAGUAACAGUGGCAGUUUGUGCAUACUUUUGGUGUAGUGGAAUUUCUAAGCAUGGUAACAUACUUUCCAUUAAUACACAUCUCAGAUAGUGCAUGUAUUUUGCUAUGAUUGGUCAAUUAAGUGUAGUGUAUUUUGCUGUGUGACUGCUAAAUUUAAAAGUUUGUUUGAAUUGGAAUCCUUUUCUUUUAUUUGAACCCAGAGAUAUAAUAAUUAUCUUACUAACUGAGUUCAAGGUCUGUGCUGUAAGUUAAUAUGGACCAAGUUUCUUUCACUACGAUUUAUGGCCUAAGUGAAAAAAAAUUUGGUCUAUAACAUAAGUAUGGACCUCAAACUCGUUUAGUGCAAGGUUGGUAUAAACCAAAACUUAUAUUGUUUUUAUUGGUUUUCUUCAGCUUGGUAACUGAUACACUGGAUCAGGUAUCAGUCCAAUAUAACCAUAUAACACUUGACUGAUUCAGUUUAUUAUAUCAAUAAAAUUAAUUUUAUUUCAAGAGUUGAGGUCGAUACAUAGUAGACAAAAAAACACUGAUUGAAAUAUUUUGAUUUAAACAAAUAUAUAUUA